UGGUGGUCAGUCUUGAAUGUAAGAUUGAAGACAAACUUAAAGAUUGGAGAAGAGCAAAAUCUGCCAAAAUGGCUCUGAAUCAGCAACUGCCAUUUUUCAAUCCGCGUGUCCCGUUCUGUAGUCCGAUCCAGGGAGGAUUGCUGGAGGGAAUGAGUAUUACUGUAUGUGGACGAGUUUUGCCAGAUGCCAACAGAUUCCAUGUGGACCUUCAGAAUGGGUCUGAUGUUGCAUUGCACUUUAACCCUCGCUAUAACAGUGGUGGGUAUGUUAUUAUCAACUCCCGCAUGAAUGGCGUCUGGGGCGAGGAGAAAAACAAGUCCCAAACUUCCUUCCCGAGAGGCCAGCUGUUUGCCCUGCAGAUCCUCGUCACAUUGAGCUCAUACCAGAUAAGUACCAACAGGGAAUCCUUCUCUGAGUUCAAGCACCGUAUUCCGUUUUCAUAUGCAGAACAAAUCUGUAUAGACGGAAAGGUGGAACUGAGUUUAGUUGCUUUCCAGUAUCUUGCGCCCCAUCAUCCUGCACCUCCGGGAUCUUUGAAAGUCCCAUACAAGAGCAUCAUUGAUGGUGGAUUACGGUCUGGAAAGGUCAUCAUCAUCCAAGGAGUCAUCAAUUCUGAAGGAAUGGAGAUUUUUCUACGGCACAGAACUGGAAUUGCAUUUUACUACAGGCCUCAUUUCGAUGAGAAUGUGAUUGUGUGCAACAGCUAUGAGGAUGGGAAAUGGGGCGAGAAUGAAACUUAUGAGCUCACUCUGAUUAAAAUAGGAGAACCUCUGCAAGUCACCAUUUUCUGCAGUUGUCAUGGUUAUGAGGUGUUUGUCAAUGGUCAACAAACUCACACUUACAGCCAUCGCUAUGCUAAUCUGCAGGAGAUUGAUGUUUUAGACAUUCGAGGAGACGUGCAGCUGAGCUUUGUGCAGCCCUGAUAAAGAUUUCAGACAGAUCUAUGAGAAAUACAUGUUCAAAACCUGCAUCCGUCUAAAUUAAACUUGUAUGAAAAAAAAGAUUAUUCAAAUGCAAAAUUGUUUUGCUUGCCUGCAUAUUAAUCUGAGACAAAUGUCCACAGCUGCAUUGAUCAUAUUAAUAACUAAAAAAAUAAACACUGUUCUGUAUGCUUGUCUCCAAGGGGCAAUUUUUUUAUGCAUUACAUAGAUUUAAAAGUCAUUCACUGUAACUAUUACAGCAGCAAUUUAUUUUGCAUGCCGUAGUUUCAUAGGGUUGAUUAUACAAAAACGAAAC